AUUUAUUAUCAACAUAGGAUGAUUUCCCCUGAACAUUUAUCUGACAAGUACGAAGAUCAAUUCUCAAGACUGGAAAAAGCUAUGAUCGAGCUAUUCAAAUAUGAGAACUUGCUGAAUAAUGAAUAUUUGGUGAGGAAGUUCGAAACAGACAUUGCAAAACCAGAUCAUUAUUUGUUAUAAUAUGUGGUGGUGUAAAGGGAAAAUUCAAUUAAGAAUCAAUAUGUGCAAAAUGAAUAGAAUGAUAGGAAACAAUAUCAUCUGAUCUUAACAGCUAUACUGAAGAAGUAUAAUAAUUAAUUGUGGAACUUUGAUCACGGACUUCUACUUAUUAGACCCUAUUUCCGUAGUGAAAGGAAGAGAAUUCUAAUAAAAUCAAGUGCAUCCAAUAUUGGUAAUAUAAAGGAAUCACUUCGAAGUGCCGGAUAGAAUAGAGAAUAAUUAUAGUUUGAAGAAGAAAUAUAUUAGGCUGAUAAAAGCUUAAUUAAAUUGACAUUGACAUGUCAGAGUGAAUAGUGUGCAGAUGAGAUUUUCACUUAUUUGAUGUCCAACAAAUCGAAAUUGCAAAUAGAUUCUGUCAUGAUGCAAAGUGUUGAUUACUUGGAUGAAUUCCAUAAGUAAAUAAACUUGAAGAAGUGUGCAAUGAUAUAGAAUAAGAAACCUCAUUAGCAUGAUAAUUAUGAUGAGGAGAUUGAGAGACAUGAUAAAGGUUAUCAAACUUCCAGUUACUCAAAAGGGAGAGGAAGAUAGAAUUAUGGAUAAUAGGACUCGCAAGAUAAUGAAGAUUACAAAAAUUCAAGAGGGAAGGGCAGAUUUGAUAGAAAACAUGGGAACAAUGGGAGUAGAUAAAAUAAUCAAUACUAUUAAAAAGGGGAGUCUCAAUAGCAAUAUCAAUUGGUUCCGAAAAGCACAGUCCACAAAACACCAAAGCAAUAAGUUAAGUAGGACCCAAUCGAUUAAAAUGAUUUCCCAACUUUGGGUGCAUUAUAGAAUUGA